AUGGCGCCUCAGAAGCGGCGGAUGUGGUACCCGCUGCGCGUCAAGAGGCGCAAGAAGCAGUUGGCCGCCCGCGCCGUCGCGGCGUCAUGUCCCAACAGCAGCAGUAGCAACGCCGCGCGUGGGUCGCCAGGCUGCAAGGCUGCGGCUUCCUCUAUAACCAGCAACAAGCGGACGGGGGCGGCGGGCAAGGAGAUGUGUGCGGCGCCUUCAGCUACGUCGGGACAGCACUGUUUGGAGAAGUGUGAAGUGUCCUGCGCGGAUAGCCGCGCAACCUACAUUGCCUCGUGGUCCCGCCUGAUGGAGAAGAAGCGGUCAAGGCGGCGGAAGUGGUACCCGUUACGCGCGAAGACGCGAAAAAAGAAGUUGGCAGAGGAGGCAUUGCGGUGCAGGGACGGUGUUGCUACUGCAAAGCCAGCGCUUGAUGGUCGUGGCUCACACGAUAAUGUCACCAUUGAUGGGAACAAAACGGNGGCUCCGGCCCCUCCUGCUGCUGCUUUGGCGGAAGGCCCCCAUGAAGCGGUGCUACUGAGGUGCCCUGUUUCGGCAUCCACCACAGUGGCGGCGGUGCCGCUGCCCCUGUUGCGUUCAUCAGAGACUUGCGUACCCCGUCCCGUACGUUGGUAUCACCUCGGCCAGCCGCUGCUUGCUACACGCGUGCGCGAACUAUUCAGUCGACCGCUGCUCAACUACGGAGUGUCUCCAGCAGCAGCAGCAGCAGCAGCAGCAACAGCUUCAGAGAACGUGUUCGUGGACACUACACCUUCAUCCUCGUCCCUGUGCACUCUUAGUCACGGGGAUGAGGAGGCGCUGUCGUGGUUGUUCCCCGCUGUGCAUAACGGAGAAUGGUUUGCGACGCCGUGGGCAUUCAUCGAUCACUGCAGGUCCGUUUCGCACAAGCUGUUGUGCGAAAACGUUGCACUGUUUCCGCUCGUGGUCUCCCGCAGAAGGAGGGGCCACGCAACAACAGAGGCAGCACUGCAGGUAGACAACAAUGCGUACGGUGCGGCUCGCAACGACGACAUCGCGCAGGACACUUACAACUGGUGGUUCAUGCGUAUCCACUCCGCCGUGUCCCAAUUCGCUUUGCAGGAGUGGCAUGGUGCACGUGUGAUGCCGGGGUGUGUUGACGGCCCAGCAGCGUGGCGGCGUGUGUACGAAGAGUGGUGUGGCUGCCGCGUGUUCCAGGCGGCUGUUGCAGCGGCUGUGGCGCGGCAGCUGGCGUCCACCACAGCACCGCAGUGGCACACCGUGUCGGAGGCCGCAGCGGCCAUAGCACGUAUUGUGCGAGAUGUGUACGUGUGUAUUCCACCCGACACAAGACAGCUGCGGGCUGCUGGUCGGUCAGAUGGGUCUCUUGCGGCCUGUUCGUGCAUGCCUCUUGAGACUCUCUCGCUGGUUUGCGUGGAGACACACACAGCGGCGGCCGCUGCUGCUGUUGCUGCUGCUUCUCCUGGGGUGGAUGCGGGCCCAACCUUGGCGGUGUGGGAGGCGGAGGCAAUCGCGGCAUUGUCUGUCCAUCUGGCGUUGACUCUCGCCGACACACACGGGCGCGAGGGCGAUGCUGUGGCGUCUCUGCGGCAGAAGGCGGAGGGGUCGCUGCCCUCGCCAUCCUGUUCAUCUCCGCGUGCGGCGGUGAGUGCUGACGCGGAGGUGGAGGAGCGUAUCAUGGCUCUCGUCGUGUGGCUCCAUUUGCGUGACGCUGCGGCAGGUGCAACUUGA